AUGUCGCCCGCGACUGAAGGUAACUGUGAAGAACUUCGAGAAAACUAUAUCAAGAUCGUGCAUCAUCACAACGUUUCCUCCUCUACAGUGAUCCACCCCAACACCGCUGUCACAGACCCCCGAGACCUGAGGACCAUCUUUUUACCACGUUCAAUGUCGUUCUCUUCUCCAAGGUGUCAACGGUCCCCCACACAGGCAAAUCAUCAAACACCUCGCGUGCGGAGUUUGAUCAUGGUGAACGAGGCUCCAAAUCCACCACUGAUUGCCCCAAAAGCAUCCUCAAGUACUGACCGCAGCACCCGACUGAUAACCCCAAUCAAACUGUCACCAGGAAGCAAAAAUUCACAAGAUCAAGGUUUAGCGUUUUGA